AUGGCUGCCAAUGUGCCGGCAGCAGAUCAUGAUGAUAUGAAAGAUUUCGAGGACCAUUCUUGCUUGAAGCUGGUGGAGUUUGUGUCCGAGACCGCAGUGCAGGAAGCACAUGAGAUUCUCAAAGAACUGUAUUUGAACUUCGGCACCAAGCAGCCAGUGCUUAGCAAGUACCGGGCUGCCUUUCAGUGGGUUCAGGACGAGUACAGUGUUUUGCCAGUGACUGCAAAGAAGAAGGAGAUCCAGGGCUGGGUCGAGAUACAAGCUGCUGCUUUGAGAAGCAGGGCCAUGUACGGAAUCCGACUCUGGUCCAAGGAGGUGCAGCUGCUGAAGGACAUCCUUACGCUGUUGGCGACAGACGGCGACGGUGGCGAGGAUGGGGGCUCCGAUGCCUCAUCAGAUUCAGGUGCUGAGGACUCUGCAGGGGAGGAGUCGUCCGUUGCUGACGAACCCGCUGCAGAAGGGUCUGACAUGGAUACGUGUGACACGCAGGUUCCUAUGCAGUCCAGUGCCGAUGAGUCAAGUACGAAGAGUAAGGUUUUGCCGCCAGUGCCGAAAUUCAGUGGCGGGGCGAAAGAUCCAAGCUUCGUUGAUUCCGAGCCCUCUGCAAGUGAGAUUCCCUUGAAAUCUCAGACCCCAGAUUCCUCCUUGGCCCCCAGCCAUGAUGAGAUUCCUGCGAAAUCCGAGACCCCGGAUCCCUUGAAAUCCGUGGCACCAGAUUCCUCGUUGGCCCCCAGCCCUGAUGAGAUGCCUGCGAAAUCCGAAGCCGCAGAUUUGACCAUUCGCCCCAGCACUGAGAUUCCCAUGAAAUCCGAGGCCCCAGAUUUGACCAUUCGCCCCAGCACUGAGAUUCCCAUGAAAUCCGAGGCCCCAGAUUCAAGCAUGGGCCCCAAGCCUGAGAUUCCUGUGAAAUCCCAGGCCCUGGACUGCCCGAUGAAAUCCCAGGCCCCAGCUGCAGCAGUGCCACCUCAUGUCCCAGAUAUGCAGUGCCCCGAUUCCGCAAACGCAGAGUCUCCAAAGCCCAUGUCCGGAACGAAUGAGAAUCCCGUAAAGGAGGAGACGACCCGUGCUGCAGAGAAGGCAGCGAGCGAGCCACUGAUUCAAGAACGACCAGAGUGGAACGUGGAGGCAAAGGUUGCCGAGUUGAAGGCUAAGGGGUAUAUCAUCGACGCGAAGGGUGAGCAGGAGAGUUUGGACGAGUAUGCCGGGUUGCCGGAGGUUCAGUCAAAGCUGACAGCUGACAACCCGACUCCGGAGCCGGGCCCUGCUGAGAAGAAGGACGACGACGCUGCUGUCCCCAAGGGUAGAGGCAAGAAGAAGCGUGCGAGUGCCGACAAUGAGAUGGCCAUGGAGACAGCAGCCGCCAAGAAGCCUAAGAAGGGGAACGGCAAAAAGGGUGCGCGUGCCGAGGAGCAGGAAGCUCGCGAGGAGACGAGUGAGCAGGAGGAUCGCGAGGAGAUAGCAGACACCAAGAAGCCUAAGAAGGGGAAGGGUAAAGGAAAGGACCAGCAGACGCCCUCCGAGGCGCCAGCCUCUUCCAGCACAGCUGCGAAAUCGAAAGCCAAGGCCAAGCCCAAAACGAAAGCAACGAAGCAGGAGCCAGCUGAUGAUCACGAGGAGUCGAAAGCAAAGAAGGAGGAGCCCACCGGCGAGGAUGAGGUGCUGCACAUUUCGGGCCCCCACAAUGUCAUGCCGGAGACAGCUGCACUCGCGAUGCAGAAUAUGAUUGACAUCUGUGCAACAGCUGCCAAGCGCUUGGAAGAUGGCAUGGACUUUGCUGCUGUGAAGACGAAGUUUGAGCGAGCCAAGCACGGGCUCUAUUAG